UUCUGGCCACAUAGAUUCAUAUCUAUAAAUUGAUCUAAUAAUUAAAUAUUGAUGCAUGAGGGGUUUUACCUGCACAGAUAACAAGAACUACAGGGAUGGGGAAACCAACCAGAGUGAACCAGACCACUGUUUCAGACUUCCUCCUUCUAGGACUCUCUGAGCAGCCAGAGCAGCAGCCUCUCCUGUUUGGCAUCUUCCUGGGCAUGUACCUGGUCACCAUGGUGGGGAACUUGCUCAUCGUCCUGGCCAUCAGCUCUGACCCACACCUCCAUACUCCCAUGUACUUCUUUCUGGCCAAUCUGUCAUUAACUGAUGCUUGUUUCACUUCUGCCUCAAUCCCCAAAAUGCUGGCCAACAUUCUUACCCAGAGUCAGACCAUCUCCUAUCCUGGGUGCCUUACACAGCUGUAUUUUCUCCUUAUGUUUGGUGGCCUCGACAACUGUCUGCUGGCUGUAAUGGCAUAUGACCGCUAUGUGGCCAUUUGCCAGCCACUGUAUUACAGCACAACUAUGAGUCCCCAGCUCUGUGCGCUCAUGCUGGGUGUGUGCUGGGUGCUAACCAACUGUCCUGCACUGAUGCACACACUGUUGCUGACCCGUCUGGCUUUCUGUGCCCAGAAGGCCAUCCCCCAUUUCUACUGUGAUCCCAGCGCCCUCCUGAAGCUUGCCUGCUCGGAUACCCGCAUAAAUGAGCUAAUGAUCAUCACCAUGGGCUUGACGUUCCUCGCUGUUCCCCUUACGCUGAUCGUCUUCUCCUACGUCCGCAUCUCCUGGGCUGUGCUUGGCAUCUCAUCCCCUGGUGGGCGAUGGAAAGCCCUCUCCACCUGUGGUUCUCAUCUCACGGUGGUUCUCCUCUUCUAUGGGUCCCUUAUGGGUGUGUAUUUACUUCCUCCAUCAUCUUACUCUACAGAGAGGGAAAGUAGGGCUUCCAUUCUCUAUAUGGUGAUUAUUCCCAUGUUAAACCCAUUCAUCUAUAGCUUGAGGAACAGAGACAUGAAGGAGGCUCUGGGAAAACUUGUUGGCAGUGGGAAAACGUUUUUAUUACCAUGACUGUGAUGCCUAAUCCUGGUGCCCUGAGCAACCCCUUUCCUCUCU